AUGCCUUUCUUACUUGUGAGUUUUGAUUUCUGCAGGGAUUUGUCAUACAAUAACUUUACUGGAGAUCCCAAUUCAUUCAAAUCCUUGGCAAACCUCACUGGAUUGUUCUUGCAGAAUAACAAAUUUAGUAGAUCAGUUGCUUAUCUAGUUGAGCUUCCACUAACUAAUCUGAACAUCGAAAAGAAUGAUCAUCAUAUCAAUUUUUCCAAUGUCUUCCAAGAAGAACACAAGAGUAAGAUAAAAAAGAAGAUAUAUCUUGCUCUUGUGUUCACUGUGUUUAUUGGGGUUGGCCUAGUAUUGGCUAGCAAUAAGGGGAAAAGGAAACUGACUGACGAAGAAGAAUUAGGACCUCAGACUCAGAGGUUUACAAAUGCAUCAAAAGACUUGGAUGAGAGGUUUGAAAAAGGUGGAUUCAUGAAGCAGGUGGAGUGGCAGGUGGUAGAGGGGAAAGAUAUGAAUGAGCUGAAUAAAAAAGUGAAUAAGUUGGAGAGGAGGAAGAAACGCCCCUCACCGCCGAUGAAGAAAGGAGUGCAACUUAUUUGUCAACAACCCGAUGAAGAUUUUAAAGAUCCCGAUCCCGAUCCUGAUUCCAAGAUGGAUUUAUUCCUCAAAUAG